AUGGUAUUUUUGGAUAAACGCAGAUCUGGUGGCAGUACACAAUUGAAUUUUGCAGAAUUAAUAAUCGUUUCUGGUAAAUUAAAACUAUGGAAUGUAAAGUCAUGUCGAUUUGUUGACAAAUUGAGGCCUCUUUUUCCAUGCGUUAUUGUUGCUGUAAAUAAAAGAAUGAAACAUUUACAUUUAAGGAUGCCUCUAAAAAGUUUAACAUUCCUAAUGACUUUUUUCACCUUCAAAUAUACUACAUAUGAAACAGAGGAGAGUGAAAUUAUUGUAGAGCUAAAAGUUUGUCUAAUAGAUUAA